UCAAGUCUUGAGCUACUUAUCGUUGUCGUUUAUUGGUUUCAACUUCACUCUCCUUUCGGUUCUGACUUUCAAGCCUUUCUCACAGUUUCUUUGGUGUUUCUUAUCGCUAAGAAAUCUAACAGGAAGAGCGAGACCAGCAAAUAUGGGUCGUUUAGUGACUUUUCUCACUCACGUUCACACAAUAUCUGGGCCAGUGUUGAUGUUGCUAUACCCCUUGUAUGCAUCAGUGGUUGCUAUAGAGAGUCCAUCGAGAGAGGAUGAUAAGCAGUGGCUUGCUUAUUGGAUCUUAUAUUCAUUUCUUACUCUUACAGAGAUGCUGCUCCAAUCCCUUUUAGAGUGGAUUCCCAUAUGGUACUCUUUGAAACUGGUGUUGGCAGCAUGGUUGGUUCUACCACAGUUCAAGGGGGCAGCUUUCGUUUAUGAAAGGUAUGUGAGAGAGCAUAUCACGAAAUUUAUUGGGGUACAAGAUCAUCAGUUUUCCCAUACCGAGUCCCCCAUUGCCAGCGGUAGUGGUGGCAAAGGCAAGAAGAGGUCUGUUCAGUUCGCAACCCCCGAUUAAGGAGAACAUGAGGCUUACUGAAGAGGGGAGAAAAAAUAAUUAGAAGAGGAGACAUAGAUAAGACAUAGUCGGCAGCUGGCUUUUGAGGGAUCUUUUAACCCUUGUAGGGAUCUUUAACCCAUGUAGGGAUCUUCGCUUCUCUGCUCCCACUCUGGUGCUUGUAAAUCUUUAACCCAUCUACAAGUUUGAAUGUCGUGACUUUCCUUUCAUAUACUUGUGUUAAUUCGAUGUUGAAAAUGUAUGGUGUUUGAUGGUGA